AUAAUUGUAACUGUUAACAAAUUGUUUUCCAACGAAAUUUAAAUUGUUUCCAAGAAGGAGCAAAACAAGACGAGGUCAAAGACAAUCAGAGACAAAGGUCACAAGUAACAAAGUGUCCGUUUAACUUGAAACUUGUAACUUACGAACAACAAUAUUGACCAACAAUUUGAAUUAGUAAAUCAACUAAUUAACUUAACGGUUAUUGGUUAACAGUUAAUGAGAAUGAUUAUAAUCAGUCUCUAGAUGGAAUCACUUGUUUACUGAUUGACCAUUGAAGACCAUUGACUUUUAACUGUUCACCUUAAUCAUUUUCCAACUCAUUGUAAUGUUAUUGUUUUUUUUUCUUCAAUUUUUGUUAAUUGUCAACCGAGAUGAUUAAUUUUCUGAUACAAAUCAUUGAUUGUUAAUCUUAAAUCGACUGUUACUCUUGACUCUCUUUCUCUUUCUCUUUCUCUCUCUUGAAUAAUCAAUCAUAUUUACUUUUCCUUUUCCUCUGUUUUCCUUAAUCUCUAAUCUUUAAUCUACUUCCUUAAUCUUGUUGUUGCCCCUUUGAUUUAGUUUCUUAUUGUUUACCAUUGAAUCAUGUGUGAUAUUUUAAAGACUUUGGUUAAUGAAUUACAUCACAAUUCCAAUUGUUCUGAUAAACAAUUAGAUGGGAAAAUAAUUUGUCUAUGUAAAUAUUGUGUCUACUCUUAUGAUGUUCAUGGUGAUCGAGGUUAUUUCCAACAAUUUGCUGAAUUGUCUCUUUACUCUAAUUUCAAGUCAACUUUCGGUGAUUCUUGGAUUAAUCAGUUAGUCACCCUGAACGAGAAUAAUUAUUCUGGAAAGAUUUUAAAAUGUCUUCAACAUGAUGGAUUAAAAUCAACAAUGGAACAACAAAUCAAUGAUUUGAUCACUGGUUGUACUUUUAUAGGAAGAAAAAGUUUAAUCAAAUCUCGUCUCUAUUGUCAACGUUCAUUUAGAUUGUUCAAGAAAUGUGAUUAUGUAAAUGCUUUAAAUUAUGUCAACAAGGGAUUAAGAUUUGCUCCCAGAAGCGAGGAUAUUGAAGAUGAGGAUGGUAAAGAUGCUCUUUCAUUGGCAUUCGGGUGUCGAAGUCACGUCUAUUCAAAACUUGGACUUUUCUAUGAAAGUUUUCUGGACACUGUGGAUGCUCAUAAAUUUGCCUUUUCGGAAGAGAUGAAAAAAAGUUUAACUGAUUCAUUGGAACGAAUGAAACAUUCACUAAUCACCCAAUUUGGACCAUCAAUUUUAAUCGGAUUGGAUCUUCCGCCUUUUGAUCCUUUCGAUGUUUAUCUUGAGUCAAUUAAUUCUGAGAUCGAUGGUGCAGUUGGUUCGCUUUACAUUGCUUUCGAACCAGGAAAAGGUCGGACAAUUAAGACCCAAGAACCAUUGAAAGCCAUGGACACCGUUUUAAUUGAAGAGCCUUAUGCAGUUUGGCUAAUUCCCGAUUCGUAUUCUAAAUAUUGUGCUCAUUGUCUUAAAUCAAUUGAACAUCGAUUCAUUCCCUGUAAAGGUUGCAUCUAUUUAAGAUAUUGUUCAAUUGAUUGUUGUCAAGAGAAUUGGAAACUUUGUCAUUCCAGUGAAUGUUAUUACAUGGCUGUUCUUAAGGAUUUUUCCAUUGGCUUUUUAGCUCUUAAAGUAAUUUUAAUUACGGGAGUUGAUCAUGCACUUAGAGAGUACAAAUCAAGGAUUAGAAAUGAUUGUAUCAAGUACACUUAUAGAGCGUCAAUUAAAAAUCGUUUCGCUGAUAUUUUAACUCUAUUGGGUCGAGAGGAUCGAGAUAACUUUUUAUUAGCAUCAACCAUUUCUACUGCCACUUAUCUUAGUUUAUUGUCUAAAGCCAUCGGGUUAAUUGGUGAUGAAGACUUAAUUGAUUUCGGUGGUCUCAUCUUGAAAUUGUGUAUGAUCAUUGAUACCAAUGGAUUACCGAUUUCCAAUGAACUUCAACAAAAUUCAAUCGACAAUGAGCCGGAUAAUUUUUACGAUUCUGUGAUCGGUGUUGGUUUAUAUGCAACUGCUUCACUUUUAAAUCAUUCGUGUCUCCAUAAUUGUGAACCACUUUUCAUUGGAACUAAAUUAAGAUUAACAACUAACCGGAAUAUCCGUCAAGAUGAAGAGUUAACAAUAACCUAUGGAUGUAGCGCCGUUUCCCUUAAUUACUAUGAAAGACAGAAAUGGCUUCAAGAAAAAGCUUCAUUUAGAUGUUAUUGUGAUAUUUGUAAUCUUCAAAUUUGAAGCUCGAAAAUUGGUUGAUUGUUACUCGAUGAAAUGUACAAAAAUUAACACGAGAAAAGGAGUGAGAACGGAAACAAUUACGACAAUUCAAUCUGACCAAAGAUCUUUGUUUUUACUUAAUCAGCUGAUUUCAUCUUUCGUUUUUUAAUAAAACUAAAUAAAGUCUAUUAUUUUGUUGAAAUCACAAUCAAAA